UAUGCUUUAAUAGUUGCGUUGCCUAACUUGCACUUUGCUUCUGCUAUGCUGCUUGUCUAGUAUAGAUGCUGGCCUUCCUUAUCCGCAUCACUGCGGGUGAGGAGGCGAAUGGUCUUGAGGGAGAGCGCAACGGUCGUGAAGAUCCUCAAGGCAAGACUGAAGGAUUGUCCUGCACGUGGUUGCCGCCCUGCUAUUGGUCUAAUUCCUUAUGAAAUAGACGUAACGGAAACCUUCUGUCGGAGUACCGCCGGGAUGUCGAGGUCAUGUCCUUGCGUGUCUAUCAUCAAAAAGAUGAUGGUAGAUGGUAGAAUGACCUCCUGCACCUAGGUCACACUCUGAGGGUCCAUUCUCAGGGGGCAGGCCUGAUGCCACCGGGAUGCAGAAAUCGGGCAGCUCAUCUUGAAGGGUGCUGGGGAGCCAAUGGCGUGGUAUACCCCCAAGAAAAAGCGCUGUAACCUGAUGAUAGAUGAGUCAUAGCAGCGAACUUUUAUAGGGACCGCUGCUGAAACAAAAGUCCUAAGCUACCGAAUCAAUGGCGGUAUAACCAUUAACCAACCAGAGGUUGAGGAGGCGCGGGCGGCCUUGGAUGGACACAGAAAGGACCCAACCGAACAGUGGCGGUAUAACCACAACCGGCUACCACAAGCCAUGCGAUGGAAAAUCUGAGCAAAAAGUGUGGCAGUGGUGCUAGGGGAGGCAUCACGGGUUUCAAAAAUAUCCCCAAUAACCAACAUGAGCGCAAAGGCAAAAAUUGAUUUACCCCAGGAGGGUACCAGCAAGGCUGGAGAAUCCCUCCCUGAGCAUCGCUCAGGCUGCCCUACGUAUUCUGGGGGGGGCAAGCAAUUGCGUGUUGGAGGAGCUGCAGGAGGCAGCAGGGGCCAGACCAAAUUGGGAGGGCCAAAGGUCCCGAAAGGGAUAAAGGCACCGAAAGGUGAAGUGGAGGGCGCACCAGGUGCAGGGAGUGGCGUGGCACCGUCGGGGAAUGCUCCCCACAUGGGGCGGGCACCUAAGCGGAGCGCUGAGAACCCACGGGGUCUCGUUGUGCGAAGCGAGGGCGGCCUGAACCAGGGGGGCGGCUCUGGCAGUGUGGCUCCACACAGUGCACCACCCGAGCAGCGACUGCCUGAUGUGCGUGAGGCGCUAGGGCCGCAGGGUAACACCAGUGGCACUGCGCUUAAUGCAGCGGAGGGCGGCGAUCUGCAGGGAAGAAGGAGGCGCAAAAAGCGGUCGGGAUGCCAGAGGAGGGUGAAGGCUGAGUUGCGGAGGCAACAGGCUGAGGACGCCACCUCAACGGCAGACCGGAUUAAAAGGGCGAGGGAGAUCAGCGGAGAGAGCCAAGUGUUGGUCAGCGCCAAGCGUGCUAAGACUGAGGAAACUCAGUCCUAUGCCGCGGCUCUGAACAUCUAUAAGAUGGCGAUCACCGCUAAGGACUUUCCAGGGACCUGGCUAGGCGAGGAGGAGUAUCUGGCGCUUCAGGGUAUCAUUUUUGAUAAACUGGAGAUCACGCCGGAUCCCAUCCCCGUCGUCAGCAUGGGAAACCUGAAGUCAGGAGCGAUUCUCUUCAGGUGUGAGGGGGAGAGCUCAAUGAAGUGGCUUCGCACACUUGAUGGCACUGCCGUCAAUGGUGUGGAGCUUAGGGUGGUAGAUGCUAAGAACCUCCCAAAGCCGGUGAAGAUGGCCUGGAAAUCCAGGAACGUCACGAGGCAGGACACAGGGCGGGUCAUGAGGUUGCUGCAGAGGUUGCAUCCGAGCCUGAAGACCUCGAACUGGAGCAUUGUUGGCUCCACUGUAGAGGGGAUGACGGUCAGGAGAAUCGUCCUGAUGGACGAGGCCUCUGCGGCGUACAUCAGAGACCGCCAGUACAUCCUGAACACUGGGAUUGACCGGAGCAUCUUCAAGCUUCUCGAGUACGAUGUAAGGCGUGGGGAUGAACCGGUCAGUACCAGUGUGACGGCUGAACAGCGUGGGGAUGCGGUGGCGGUCCCGGAAGACUGCCCGCGGACAGAGGAGCAGGCCUUGGAACCAAUAGCGGGACCUAGUGCGAGUGAAGGGCUAUCCGGGGGGACUGGGGGUGCGGGGGAGAAGCUGGUGGUAGAUGAACCUGCUGCCGCUCUGUCUCCCGCAUCCAUAGGCUCGCUGGAGGCCAUAGCUGACCUGGACCUGGGACGGUCCUCGCCGCUGGAGUAUGAUAUCUCCGCGGAUGAGGAGACCGAGCUCGGGGACAGAAUUUGACGUCUGCAGCUCUCUUCGGGGGUUUAAGGGAUCUCACAGCAGUGAAGAUCCAAAGGGAGGGGGAUUUGCGAGGAGUGAUAGUGGCAUCGGCAUAUCUCCCAUAUGAAAAGGCAGAUCCUGUGUCAAGGCAAAUGCAGGAUCUGAUACAACACGGCAACCAAGAAGAUCUGGAAACCAUCAUUGGCUGCGAUGCGAAUGCUCAUCAUGUUGUGUGGGGCAGCUCAAACAACAACGCCAGAGGAGAGAGGUUACUGGAUUUUCUGGUGAGUUCUGAAACACAUAUUAUUAACAAGGGUAACAAACCUACAUUCUUCAAUGCCCGGAGGGCAGAGGUGAUUGACCUGACGCUUGCAUGUAAGAAGGCAGUCCGGAAAAUCACUAACUGGUAUGUUUCGGACGAGAUAUCAUUGUCUGACCAUAACUAUAUAUGCUUUAAGUAUAAUGCUCCUAUAAGAAAGGACGCAAUUAAAAGAAGGAAUCCCAGGAACACUGAUUGGGAAGACUUCAAACGGGACCUAAGGACGGAACUUAGUGAACCAAAAUGCAAACUCAACUCUGUGCUUGAAAUAGAGUUUGACGCUGAUCGAAUUACCAAUGCCUUGAAGACUGCCUGGAGGGAUAACUGCCCGGAACGCGAGGCGGGAUCGAAGAAACUUCCAUGGUGGACCAAGGAAAUAGCCCUCUUACGAAGGGAGACAAGAAAGGCGUUCAAUAUAGCAAGAGCUAGGAAUGACUUUACAGAGUAUAGAAGAGCACUGACGGAGUAUAGCAAAGCGGUGCGAAAGGCAAAGAGGAAGGCAUGGAGGGAUCAUUGUGAGAUGAUCAACUCAGUUCCCGAGGGCAUGAGACUAACAAAGGCCAUGUCAACAACCAAAGCGAACCCACUCACUACAGUAUGGAGUGAGAGGGGGGGAUAUACGGAAGCAGGCAAAGAUACGUUGAAAACAAUGAUAGCAACGCACUUUCCUGAAUCACAGGUCCUAAACGAUGAUCAAGAUCCAAUCAGCGUGGAGGAACAAAAUAGAACAACAAACAAGCUCGACUGGGUUACGGCUAAGAGAGUAGUGGAUGAGACUAAGGUGAGAUGGGCAAUCGGGAGCUUUGAACCAUACAAGGCACCAGGCCCAGAUUCGAUCUACCCAAUUCUCUUGCAGCAAGGAAUCUCCAUUCUGACUCCUCAUCUAUGCAGGUUAUACAAGGCCUGCAUAGCAUUUGGAUACAUACCUAAGGUAUGGAGAGAAGUCAAAGUGAUCUUUAUACCUAAACCAGGUAGACCGGAUUACAACGACCCUAAGGCAUAUAGGCCAAUAAGUCUACAAUCUUUUCUUCUCAAAUCGCUUGAAAAACUUGUAGAUAAGUACAUAAGACAAGGACCACUAAAAAGAUUUCCUCUACAUGAGCUUCAAUGUGCAUACCAGGCAGGGAAAUCUACAGAAACUGCGCUACACUAUGUAACCGGCAGGGCGGAGGCGGCUCUUGAGAGUAGGGAGGUUACUGUUGGGACAUUUGUCGACAUAGAGGGGGCAUUUGACCGCACUACCUUCUGCUCUAUAGGAGCUGCUGCUUCUGACCACGGGGUACCACUACCUCUAUGCCGGUGGAUAGACUGUAUGCUUAAAGGCAGGAUUAUUCAAUCAGAACUGCAAGGAGAGUGCAUGAGUGUAAGGACUGUCAAGGGCUGCCCGCAAGGGGGGGUACUCUCACCCUUGCUAUGGAGCCUGGUCGUGGACUCACUACUUGUGAAACUAAACAAAGGACCACUCUACACGGUUGGAUAUGCAGAUGAUUUGGUAAUUAUGGUAAGGGGCAAGUUCCCAACUAUUGUGACAGACAUCAUGCAAAGAGCCCUCAACACACUGGAAGAGUGGUGUGACAAAAACCACCUGUCGGUGAAUCCGGGAAAAACGAAUGCGAUUGCAUUUACAAAAAUGAGAAAUACAACAGGGCUAGGACAUCUCUACCUUUAUGGUAAGCAAAUAACCUGGACCAAUGAAGUGAAAUAUCUAGGGGUAAUCCUAGAUAAGGAACUUACAUGGCGUAAACACCAAGAUACGGUCAUAGCUAAGGCUAUGAGAGUGCUGGGAAUGUGUCGUGGUGCAUACGGGAAGGCAUGGGGACUUAGUCCCAGAGUGAUGAGGUGGAUCUAUAUAACUAUGGUGAGACCAAUAAUACUUUAUGGCAGCAUUGUCUGGUGGCCUAGAAUUAGGUUACAGACGUGCAGAACGGCACUGGGCAAAUUGCAAAGAACUGCAUGCCUAGCAAUAACGAGUGCGUUUAGAACUACGCCAACUGCAGCAUUGGAAAUUAUUCUGGGAUUGCCCCCACUGCACUUGGCGCUAGAAGUAGAUGCAAGGAAGGCGCUGCACAGACUGAAGGGGGCGGGACUUUGGAGUACAUCCAAACCUUGCACCAAGCACACAAGGAUGGGGAGCGAUCCUCAAUUAGAUGCAAUAAUGGACAUGGGUUGUGAUACAAUGCAGCCUAGGUACAUGUUUAGCAAGGAUUUUAAAGUGUCUAUACCAACAAGGGAAGACUGGAAAAGAGGACCAAAACGUCAACAA